UAUGGUCGCAAAAUUAGGUGUUCAUCGAAGUGGAGUUCCGGGACCCGGCCGGGAACAGGAAACCGGCGCGAAAUCCGCCGGAUUUGGAAAACGACGAAUAAAGCAAGCAUCGACGAUGGAAAGAAAAUAGAGUCCGCGUGGUGGCGGUGCGAAAGCCGAGAGGUCUGGGAUUUGUGGGUUUGCCUCAAAGGAGAAAAGCCCAGUGGCUAUGGCAAUGGCUUCGGACCUCGGCGAAGAAGCUUCUCGAAAAGCUAGGGCCUUUCCCGAGGCCCCCGCUCGUCUUAAUGGAGCCGAGGCCGUGAGGAUCUUGUGCCCCUUGCGGUCCGUCGCUCAACGUAGGGAAGAGGUUGAAUCCUCGGAUGUGUUUGGGAGACGGAGGAUUCCCACCAUUUCAGGUGUUUUGGGUUCUUUUGCUCCGUUUUGAUUUUUUUGUUCUUAUUUGGCUUGCAAGUUUAGAUCUCGAUUUAAUCGCAUACAAUCUUAUGGGCAAUGGUUGGUCUUUUAUAAGGUAAGCUGAAUGCAAGUUUUUUUGGUUUUCUUUUCUUUAAAGGAAUGAUUUUUUUUUCCUUUUCUUUUCUUUUGGCCUUACCCAUGGUAACGAAUGAACCAUACUAGGGUCAUCUUUGGCAACAAAGUGAUAUUUUAGGUGUUAUUUCACUAUAAAGAUUGGAUUUUGUGGGUUAGAAUGACUGUAAUUGAAUCUACUCGGAAUCACAUUGGUUUUCUUGGUGUUUGCCUGAGAAUAAGAUUUGUUGUGCCAUAAUGGACAACAAGGACAGCAUUGGCUCAGCAAUUCAAGAUGCCCCUGAAGAACUUCCAUCUAUUUUCAGAGACAUCCAAUCCAACGGAGUUGCUGGAUUUGAUACCACUUGCAGCCCUCGUGGAUAUCCUGCAGCUUCUGAAGGAGCAGAAUCUCCAAAUUGUCUUACUGCUAGUGCUAAUGUAUACAACACACCUUCACCAAAUUUGCCCGUUCACAUGAUCCGACCACCCCAUCAUUCACCUUCUGUGUCCAUCAGCAUGCCAACAUCACCUACUGGAGUUGAUCAACCUGGAAGCAGUGCUGCUAAUCUGAAGCCAAAUUUAGCUAUUAACUGUCCCGUUGUCAACUUGCAAGCAGCAAACCAGGCAAAGUUUCACUCUCAACCCAUGGCUGCAGGAACAUUUCAAGCCAAGGGAACUCCAGAAAGAAAGGGUCUUGAUCUUUCAGGGAAUCAGCAGAGGAUACCAAGGAAUAGUAGGCUCAAGGACCACAGUUAUAAUUCUUUCAAGACAUGGUCUGGUGCCCUUGAAAGGCAGAUAUCAACCCUUCGUGGAAAGCCACCGGAACCGCAGGAGGUUAAUGGUUCAAAAAGUCAACCAGAGCCAGUACCUGCCCCGGACCGUUACUUCGAUGCCUUAGAAGGGCCUGAACUAGAAACUCUCAGAGCGUCUGAGGUGUUGGUCCUUCCUGAAGACAAGUUGUGGCCUUUCCUUCUUCGCUUCCCCAUAUCAUCUUUUGGUAUGUGCCUUGGCGUGAGCAGCCAAGCCAUCUUGUGGAAAACAUUAGCCACAUCUUCAUCUACGGUAUUUCUGCAUGUAAGCCCAAUUAUCAACCUUGUGCUCUGGUGCAUAUCACUUGCAUUGAUGGGCACGGUGGCCUUCAUCUACUCUCUAAAGAUCAUAUUUUACUUUGAAGCUGUCCGCCGAGAGUACUAUCAUCCCAUCCGUGUCAACUUUUUCUUUGCCCCAUGGAUAACUUGCCUCUUCUUGACACUCGGGCUGCCACCAAUAGUUGCUGUAAACCUGCAUGCUGCUGUAUGGUAUGUGCUUAUGGCUCCAAUCUUGUGCCUCGAACUCAAGCUCUAUGGCCAAUGGAUGUCUGGUGGCAAACGCAGGCUUUCAAAAGUAGCCAAUCCCUCAAAUCAUUUAGCAAUUGUAGGCAACUUCGUGGGUGCAUUGCUGGGCGCAUCGAUGGGGCUUAAAGAAGGGCCCAUAUUCUUCUUUGCAGUCGGGUUAGCUCAUUACUCUGUGCUGUUUGUAACUUUGUACCAGAGGCUUCCAACAAAUGAGACGCUCCCCAAGGAGCUUCAUCCAGUCUUCUUUUUAUUUGUAGCUGCACCCAGUGUUGCUAGCAUGGCAUGGGCAACGAUUGCUGGGGAAUUUGACUACAGCUCACGGAUUGCAUACUUCAUUGCUCUCUUCCUUUAUGUUUCUCUGGCUGUUAGAAUCAACUUUUUCCGGGGAUUCAGGUUCUCUCUAGCAUGGUGGGCAUAUACAUUUCCAAUGACGGGUGCUUCCAUUGCAACCAUUAGAUAUUCUGCUGAAGUGAAGAAUGUAUUUACUCAGUCACUUUCUGUUGCACUCUCUGGCAUCUCUGCAUUGACAGUGAUAGCUCUGCUUGUGUCCACAAUCAUUCAUGCUUUUGUGCUCAAUGACCUCUUUCCGAAUGACAUCUCCAUUGCCAUCAGUGAUAGGAGACCAAAGGGGAGAAAGAGACGCACUCAUACGAAAAUUGCAUCCUCAGAUGUAAAAGAUACUACAGCUGCUCAUUUAACAAAUGCAAGCUCGGAUAUAAAAGAAAUUGGAGCUGCUCAUAUAGCAAAUACAAGUUCGGAUAUAAAAGAAAUUGGAGCUUUUGUGUCAAUAGAUAUUCGAGGCCGCUAGUUAUCUCUGAACCUGCUGGACCACUUUGGGAUGAAUCCAUUACCGCACACCUCCAAGCAUUGUCCUUGAUGUGUUAUGAUGUGAUUUGAUCCUCUCCUCUCACGAAGCUUUGGAACUAGGAGGAUCAGAUAUGGUCUGAAGUUUGAGACAAUUUGGAUGUAAAGAUUGCAUCAUAAUGAGAGGCUUUUGUACAAAAUAAAAUGCAGUGAUGAUAGUGAAUUGUUUUAUUGGUUCAUGAAACUGGUUGAUUUUGUUAUCAUGAUCUGUAAAGAAAAAAUUAUGUGAGUGAUGCUGUUGAGCA